AAUAAGCAACGUCAACAAUUGAAAAUCUGGCAACAUGUAAAUGCCGAUUGCGUCAAUGGCCGAUCCGGGAAAGACACGUAUUUAUUUUGAAGUUAUGUUGCACGUUUAAAUCACGUUUUGUAAUCCAUAAUUUACAAGAAUGAGACGGCCACUUUCUUCAGAAGGAAGUUAUUCCUAUCCUAAUAAUACAAUUGAAGAACAAAAUGAGCAACUUGUAGAUGGUUUAAAACAUAAAAUUUCAACUCUGAAAUCGCUUUCCAUUGAUAUUGGACAGGAAGUAAGAACUCAGAAUAAAUUAUUGGGUGAUAUGGAUAAUGAUUUUGAUUCCACAGGUGGUUUUCUAUCAUCAACUGUAGGCCGAGUUCUAAAAUUAUCGAAAGCUGGACAUAAUCGUUACAUUUUGUAUUUAAUAUUAUUUUCAUUUUUUGUAUUCUUUAUGAUUUAUUUAAUUAUGAAGUUUCGGUGAAUAAAAUAGGUUUUAAAUUCAUUUAUAACAAGA